AUCUCGCUGCACGCUCCGCCCCGCUGUAUAUAAGGCGCCGGCUAAGAGCACCUCUCCUCUUCUUUCAGCCGCCGGAGAGUCAGCGAGUUGCAGGAUCCAGUCACAAGAUGCCUGAAGAAGUUCAUCAUGGCGAGGAGGAUGUGGAGACCUUUGCUUUCCAGGCUGAGAUUGCUCAGCUUAUGUCUCUGAUUAUCAACACCUUUUACUCCAACAAGGAAAUCUUCCUGCGUGAGCUGAUCUCCAAUGCCUCAGAUGCCCUGGACAAGAUCCGAUAUGAGAGCCUCACUGACCCAUCAAAGCUGGACAGUGGCAAGGAACUUAAAAUUGACAUCAUCCCCAACCGCCAUGAGCGUACCCUGACCUUGGUGGACACUGGCAUUGGCAUGACAAAGGCUGACCUCAUCAACAACCUUGGUACUAUUGCCAAGUCUGGUACAAAGGCUUUCAUGGAGGCCCUGCAGGCUGGAGCAGAUAUCUCCAUGAUUGGCCAGUUUGGUGUUGGUUUCUACUCUGCUUACCUGGUGGCAGAGAGGGUUGUGGUGAUCACCAAACACAAUGAUGAUGAGCAGUACGCAUGGGAGUCUUCAGCUGGGGGUUCCUUCACAGUAAAGAUAGACCAUGGUGAACCUAUUGGCCGUGGCACCCGGGUCAUUCUGCACAUGAAAGAAGAUCAGGCAGAAUACCUGGAGGAGAAGAGAGUAAAGGAAGUUGUGAAGAAACACUCCCAGUUCAUCGGAUACCCAAUUACCCUCUAUCUGGAAAAGGAACGAGAGAAGGAGAUCAGUGACGAUGAGGCAGAGGAAGAAGAGAAGGAGGAAGAGAAGAAAGAUGAAGAAGGCGAAGAAGAAAAGCCCAAGAUAGAGGAUGUGGGUUCUGAUGAGGAAGAAGAGGGGAAAGACAAAGACAAAAAGAAAAAGACAAAGAAGAUUAAGGAGAAGUACAUUGACCAGGAGGAGCUAAACAAGACCAAACCCAUCUGGACUCGUAACCCCGAUGAUAUUAGCCAGGAUGAGUAUGGAGAGUUCUACAAGAGCUUGACCAAUGACUGGGAGGACCAUCUUGCUGUCAAGCACUUUUCCGUAGAAGGUCAGCUGGAGUUCCGGGCCUUGCUCUUCAUUCCUCGUCGGGCUCCUUUUGACCUGUUUGAGAACAAAAAGAAAAAGAACAACAUUAAGCUGUAUGUGCGCAGGGUGUUUAUCAUGGACAGCUGUGAUGAGCUCAUUCCAGAAUACCUCAACUUCAUCCGUGGUGUGGUGGAUUCCGAGGACCUUCCUCUGAAUAUCUCCAGAGAAAUGCUGCAACAAAGCAAGAUCCUGAAGGUUAUCCGUAAAAACAUAGUGAAGAAGUGUCUGGAGCUCUUCACCGAACUGUCAGAGGAUAAGGAGAACUACAAGAAAUUCUAUGAAGCUUUCUCAAAGAACUUAAAGCUUGGAAUCCAUGAGGACUCCACCAACAGAAAGAGGCUGUCCGAGCUCUUGAGGUACCACACAUCUCAGACUGGCGAUGAAAUGUCUUCUCUCACAGAAUACGUGUCUCGUAUGAAGGAGAAUCAGAAAAGCAUCUACUACAUUACUGGUGAGAGCAAGGAACAAGUGGCCAAUUCUGCCUUUGUGGAGCGUGUGCGGAAGCGUGGCUUUGAGGUGGUCUACAUGACAGAGCCCAUCGAUGAGUACUGUGUACAGCAGCUGAAGGAGUUUGAUGGCAAGACUCUGGUGUCUGUCACCAAGGAGGGGCUGGAGCUUCCUGAGGAUGACGAUGAGAAGAAAAAGAUGGAGGAGAACAAAUCCAAGUUUGAGAGCCUCUGCAAACUGAUGAAGGAGAUCUUGGACAAGAAGGUGGAAAAGGUGACUGUAUCAAACCGCCUGGUGUCCUCUCCCUGCUGUAUUGUCACUAGCACCUAUGGGUGGACAGCCAACAUGGAGCGUAUAAUGAAGGCACAGGCUCUGAGGGACAACUCCACAAUGGGCUACAUGAUGGCCAAGAAGCAUCUUGAAAUCAACCCUGAGCAUCCAAUUGUGGAGACUCUACGACAGAAGGCUGAAUCUGACAAGAAUGACAAGGCUGUAAAAGACCUUGUGGUCCUUCUGUUUGAGACCGCGCUCCUGUCUUCUGGCUUUUCCCUGGAUGACCCCCAGACGCACUCCAACAGGAUCUACAGAAUGAUCAAGCUUGGUCUGGGUAUUGAUGAAGAUGAGGCUACAGUGGAAGAAGCAUCUCCAUCUGUCCAUGAUGAGAUUCCCCCUCUGGAGGGCGAUGAGGAUGCGUCCCACAUGGAAGAGGUGGAUUAAUCUCCGGUUGCAGCAGCUGGUUUCCAGUGAGCUUUCUGCUCAGACUCUGGACUGUAAAUUAUACUUAUUAUUGGGAGACUCUCUCUCUCUCCCUUCCCAAAAGUAAUGGGGCAAGGAGGGAAGGCUUCAAGACAUGGCUGCUGAGAAUAUUGCCUCUAGUUAAUUUGCACUGUGGUACACCCAUUUUGUGGGGGCUGUAAUUUAUCGUUCGCUUGUCUUGUUAGAUGCUCCCAGCUCACCGUAUAGGACUUUACAUCAGAUAUCUUGUAACCUAGAGUGGGUGCUCCAUAUUACUGUAGUAAAAAUCUGUACCCUUAAUACCUGAUCUGGCCUCUAGAUGGCAGUUGGGUCUAUUUCAUAAGCUGCUGGAACAUUAUUCCCUAUCGGGCAUUGUAAGGUUCUCGAACAUGGACAGUACAGUGCACGUUUAACUAUGGCCCAAUCCCUUCCUUCUGGCUUGGUUCCCAUACCCUGGUGAGUGUAUCCCAGAGUUUGGACUGGUCCCUUGCCCCUGCAGUGCCCUCAGGAAGUCUUGAAUGCUCACAAACCCCUUGCAGUCUCCUCAGUUAUUGUGUUUGUCCACAAUUAUUUUUUUUGUUGUAAACCUGAAAAUGUUAUGCAGAAUAAAAGUUUUUACAGUGA